AUGUUUGAAAUUAUAUUCCCAACUAUUACCAAAUCUAAAACAUUACCAAUAAUACUGCAAUCGCAACGACUCCAACAGGAACCACCACCUCAAUCACAACCAAAAUCAAUUCUAAAAACUUCAAAUUCAAAACAACCAUUAUUAUUAAGAAAAUUUAAAUCAGUUAUAUUUAGAACCAAUUCAUUUAGUAGUUUACAAUUAGAUAUUGAUUCAAUUCGGAAUGAUACUGAACCAGAAGAAGACGAGGAUGAAGAUAUUAGUAGUUCCACAUUGGACUCAUUUCCGCAUCCAAUUCAUGAAAUUCAAACAAGAAAAAUACACCCAACUCUUUUACAAAGACUGCAACAACGAGCUAUUGAUAAACAACAAGAAGAAGAAGACCAUGAGGAGAAGGAUGAGAAUGAUAAUGAAUUAGAAGAAUUAGAAGAAUUACAAACAUAUUUGCAAUCCCUCAAACUCCAAUAUGAGUCAACAAUUUCCUCAUAUACUGCAGAAUAUAGAAGUAAAGCAAAACCCUUCGAAUUCGUAAUCUCUCACUACGAUAAUAAUACUGAUACUUCGCAAUAA